CCUCCCUCCCUCUCCGUCCCUCCUCCUCUCUCUCCGUGCAGAGCAGAAAUGCAGCAGAGCUUGAUCUGACUCGUCCUCCCUGCUGGAAGUGUCUCUUGCUCCUCGGAACUUGUCUAGGUGCCUAUUACGCACGCUGCGAUAUGGCCGUUUCUCUUUCUCUCCAGAGUCUGGGGCUCAUCAUGCUCGCAGCGAUCCUCCUGCAGACCAUCGCGGUUGCCGUCAGCUUUGUGUAUUUCAACAAGGUCCUGAGCACGAUGCAGGAGAGUUUCUCCCGCAGCAGCGUGUCCUGUCUGAUAAACGUAAAUCUGCGCUCCGAGGAUGAAGAUUCAGCGGAGGAAAAGAAGAGCGAUCCCUGCUGGCAAGUUACGCAACAGCUCCACUACCACAUAGAGAAGACGAUGGCUGACAGAUUCCAGAAGGAGAUAUCCACUGCUAUGAGAAAUAAGAUGACAGGAGUGCUGCCUUUCCUGAGUCCUGGGGUCCGAGGGGUCCCUCUUCCUAAAGUUGCCGCCCAUGUGACCGGCGUCGUUUCGUCCACAGAGCCUCCGACAGCGGACGGCCCGCAGAGCAGCAGGGGCUACCUGGGGGAGCGAAUCCGAGUGUGGGAGGGCCAGAGAGGUCUGUCCUUCCUGCAGAACAUGGAGCUGAGGGGAGGAGAGCUGCUGGUGCCCCGAGCAGGCCUCUACUACAUCUACGGCCAGACCUACUUCAGACUGCCCUCCACGGGGGAGACGGAGGCGGAGGAAGAAGAAGCACAGCUUGUCCAGUAUAUCUACAAGAAGAUGAGUUCCUACACGGUGCCCAUCUUGCUGAUGAAAUCUUCCCGGAGUGCCUGCUGGCCUCGGGGUCAGGAGCCGGGUCUCUUCUCCCUCCAUCAGGCCGGUACUGCCUUUCUGCAGCCCGCCGACCGCCUCUUCAUCACCGUCAGCAAUGCCAGCGCCAUGGAGAUGGACGGGAGGGCAAGCUACUUUGGGGCCUUUCUCGUGGGCUAAAGUGAGAAAACCUUCCCGGGUAGAAAAGUCCGGGACUGGGAUGACUUCAUAUAGACAUCAACAGAAGUGACUCAAAUGUUGGCUUGAUCAUUUGAGCAGCUGUCUGGUACAGGAUUGGAGAAGAAGAAUGGACUGGUGCAAAGGACUUCUUCGGGGAGCGUAAGAAUAUGAUGAAGCGGAGCUGCAGAAGAAGAGAAGCUGGAAGAAGUGUAUUUACUCCAGCUGACACGGGAGUUCAAUUCAGUUUUUUUCAAGGCUAGUACACAGAAAGCACCGCAUGACAGAGCAAACAUGGAUUACAUGCUGCAUUCACAGUACUGGGCGUUUGGUCAAGUACAAUAGAUGCAGAUUAAAUGUUGUACUCAUGUGUGAAUGACUUCUAUUGAGAAUAGAUUGAGUUGUCAUCCACAAGAAAUGACAGUGCUGCUGGACACAGGACACUUCUUUUUAUGAAAAACAAGUAUCAAAAAAUGCCACAAGAUUUUAAAUGUUCAGUAUUAUAAGUGAAGCUUCCUUUUGGCUUACAGUGCUUUUGAAUUUCCUUUGUGCAAUGUCUUGAAGGAAUGUGUGCAUGACAGAUCACGAUGCAGCCUCACAGAGAAGCACUGACUCAGUAUAAAGUGUUUUGUGACACAUUCACACUUCUAUAUCCAA